AUGGCAGAAAACAAUCCAGAACAGACCACCACUGAUGUAGAGAGCAAUUAUACUACUCCGGCAAAUGAUCCAAAAAAUAUGCAGGAAGUUACGCAGUAUGUUCAAUCUCUGUUGCAAACUAUGCAAGACAAAUUCCAAAGUAUGUCUGAUCAGAUAAUCAAUAGAAUAGAUGAAAUGGGUACUCGUGUGGAUGAACUGGAGAAAAAUAUCACAGAUCUCAUGACUCAAGCUGGUGUUGAAAAUGAGAAA